UCCGGCAGUUCCGGUCAAGGUGUUCCAUAGUCGCGGGCUGAGACUGGGGGAAGUCAAUUGCUUGCUCGUAUUGAGCAACAUUCAGCUGCAGUUGACUCAUUUCGCAACGCAUCGCCUCGAUUACUAACCUCGCAGAUGCCGCGCACUGCAGAUUUUGAAGUAUCCGGGAAAGUACAAGGUGUUUUCUUCCGCAAAUGCACCAAGGAUCAAGCAGAAAGUCUCGGAGUGUGCGGAUGGGUGCGCAACACGCGUAAGGGCACUGUUGAGGGCGUUAUUCAAGGUACCACGGACAAGGUUAACAGCAUGAAACACUGGCUGUCCAAAGUGGGUAGUCCACAAUCGGUCAUCGACAGUUGCACAUUCGUGAAUGAAAAGAACAUUGACGAACUGGAAUUCGAAGGCUUCACUAUUAAAAAAACGGUCUGAAUUUA